AUGGUUCUGUCACUCCUAGUCAGCUUCGGCACGGCCGUCGGUGCCCAUGAGGGUAUCAAAGCCUCCAUGGCCAAGUCCCGAAAGGAGGAGCAUCGAAGUCGGAAGAACAACCUUAUUGUCCAUUGCCCCAAGUCAUCCCAGUACAGCCCUUAUCUCGAGGGGCGGCGCGUGGUACUGUCCGGAGACAGGCUCUACAUUGACACUGGCACCGCUCACGAUGUCCCUUUUGGCCAUCCCUUCGAGGGAUACUACAUCCCUUAUCCCGACUCUCGGUACGCGGGGCUGGUGACCACCAUCACGCCUGAAGCACCAAUCAUGAACUGGGUGUUUAUGGACCCUCUCACUUACUCAUUCCAAUUUGGUGUUCGUGCUGUGGCAGACGCCAACCUAACUGGGCCAUGGGACUGCACCCGUCAAGAUCGCCGACUUACUUUCUGCGGCUGGGAAGGAUUCUGUGCCGUCCUUGAGGACAGUGGCGUUUGGGGUCUAUACUAUGACUUCGACGGCGAUGGAAUGAGAAAGAAGUUUGGUCAAGAGGGUCGCGUCGUGAUUGAGAUUGAGCUCAUCAGGAGUGAACUCAGAACACCAAAGCCAGAACCUGAACCAGAGCCCCAGCCAGAACAAGACGUGACUGCAACAGCUGAGCAGAACGAUGAAUUGGCUCAACAAAAAAGAGAAAGUCCGACAGAUCCAGAGAGUUGGAGUCCAGAAAGAGUCGAUGCUCCAUCAAAACCUGUCCAGGAAUUCGGGGUCACCUUGGAGGAGAAGAUGGAGAGGAUCCAGUGGUGGCAUGCCAAAAAAGAGGAGGAAAAGGAGAAGCAGGGCAAAAAAAUACCAGAGCCCGAGCGUUGA